AUGCUCCGCACUGUCCUUCUUCUCGACGGCAGCGAUGCCAUGAACAGCAGCUCGGACUACCUGCCCAACUAUCUACUUGCCAUGAGGCCACCAUUGCUGCGGUUGGUGGAGCGGUAUCUCGACUCUACACCACUCGCGUCUCUUGGCGUGGUAGUGAUGCGAGAUGGGAUUAGCCACCGCCUGCUGCCGUGCACAACGAACCGUAACGAAAUCGUCGACGUGCUGGAGCGCGACGUCUUCCUGCACGGCGGCUCUGGCAACAUGUCAAUGGAGAAUGGGCUACGGGUGGCCAUGUCGGAGCUGGUCGACAUGCGCGAGGUAGCGGCCCUGGCGGCAACGACGGCGAAGAAGUCGUCGUCGGUUGGCGCUCAAAACCCGCGUGCAGCGUGGAAGGGGUCAGCGACGCAGCUCAACGUCAUUGUGUUGACAGCCUCUGUCACGCUGAUUGACCCCACGGAUGUCUUCGCCGUCGUGAACAUCAUGGCCGCCUUGUCCAUCCGCAUCAGUGUCGUCUCUCUCGUCGGUGCUGUGCAUGUAUUCGACGUGUGCACCGUCGAAACAGGGGGGACGCUGUAUUGCCCCCUCAACUACGACCACCUGCUGCACAUCAUGGACGAGCUGUCGACGGCGCACCGCGCGCAGGUAGCGAUGACACGAAAGAAGAGGCACCAGCGAGGAGGCCGCCGGAUGCGAGUCAAGCGACGUCGCGAGGAGGGUGAAGAUGUCGAAGUCAACGACGAUGACGGCGGUGGCACCGAUGCACCGUGCCUUAUACCUAUUGGAUGCCCCGUGUAUCUCGAGGCGUCAUUGUCCGACAGCGCAGAACCGUCACCCGCGGCCUCCUCCCGCUCCUUCUACUUGGGAUGCCCCCAGUGUCAUCUCAUCCAACUCACUGUCCCCACAACCUGCUCCAUGUGCCGCCUGCUGCUGUGCAGCGCGCCGAUGCUGUACAGCACGUUUGUGUCGCACAACUCUCUGGUGCCACCGGCAAAGGUGCUCCGCGUGAUGCAGGAUAUAUCGCCACCAGCGACGAUGCAGCAACCAAUACGGUGCAGCCUCUGCAUGACCAGCUGUGUAGCAGAGGUGAUGAUGGGGCACACACGCAAUGGCGGACUCGGCAGCCCCGUCGGCUCAUCAGCGACGGCAGCCUCGGUGGUGGAUGGGGCGCAGGUGUGGCAGUGCAGCGCGUGUGCCUCGUACCGCUGCAACGCCUGCAACGACUUUGUUCUCCACACGAUCGGCCUCUGUCCGCAUUGUGUGGCGCUGCAGUGA